UUUCCAUCCGGUCAAUGCUCAGGAAGUGACUGUUUACUGAUUCAGUUAUCUGUCUUUGACUGUGUGUGUGUGUAUUUACCUGAGAGCUCUGGCUGAAGGAGGAGGCAGCGGGGAGCUUCCUCUCCUGUGUCGGGCUCUGAAAAGUCAGCAGAAAUAAUGAAUCGACCAGAUUUCUGAAUAAUCCUUUAAAAGUAAAUUUAUCGAACGAAAAAAUAACAACAAAAAAUCUUCCCAGACGUCACCGGGUCGGCUGCUUUCCUCCGUUUCGUUUUUGUUGUGAUUGUGAAUUAAAAUAUAUUUGUGUCUGACCAACAGGAGCCGGAAGUCUCUUUGAUCUCUGGGAAUUUAUAUUGGACUAAAUUACUUAAGAAUAAGAAAAAAAUCCUCAGCUGCAGCACUCAUCAGCAUCUAAGGGAGUCGGUGUGUUCAUGUUGCGUCUUGAGCCAGUCAGCGGUUUAUUAGCAUGCACAUUAAGAGUAAAUGUCAUAACACUUUCAUCAGAAUGCUUUUUCAUCCCUGAAACCUCGGCCCUAACUAUUAUUGUUGCCGUUUGACUUCUUUGAAAAGAGAAGGGAGACCUUCUGGAAACGUCUUUUAACCGCGGCAACUUUCUUUCUUAUCUCGGCGCUCCUCUCUCGGCGUCCCGUCCGCGUGACCUCGGUGACCUCGGCGACCGACGGAUAAAAGGACGGCGUUGCACCGAGCGGCUCUCGUUUCUAUUAGCGUAUGAAACCAGGCAAUGUCCGCUUUGGUGUAUCCGCGUGAAGAAGCCAUGGAGCGGCUGAGUCAGGAUCAGAUCGUGCUCAACACGAAGGCCGUGGUGCAGGGCCUGGAGACGCUGCGCGGCGAGCACGCCCAGCUCCUCAACUCGCUGCUGGACUGCAGCCAGCCGCCCGCCGCCCAGGAGAAGUCGGGCCUGCUGCGCAAGAGCAUGGAGGCCAUCGAGCUGGGCCUGGGGGAGGCGCAGGUGAUCAUCGCCCUGUCGGGCCACCUGAGCGCCGUGGAGUCGGAGAAGCAGAAGCUGCGCGCCCAGGUGCGCCGCCUGUGCCAGGAGAACCAGUGGCUGCGGGACGAGCUGGCCGGCACGCAGCACAAGCUGCAGCGCAGCGAGCAGAGCGUGGCGCAGCUGGAGGAGGAGAAGAAGCACCUGGAGUUCAUGAACCAGAUCAAGAAGUUCGACGACGACGUCGCCGCCUCGCCCUCGGAGGAGAAGGGCGGGGGAGGGGACACCUCGAAGGACAGUCUGGAUGACUUGUUCCCCAACGACGACGACCAGGGCCCAGCGCAGCCCAGCGGCGAGGCGGCGGCCCAGCAGGGGGGCUACGAGAUCCCGGCCCGCCUCCGGACCCUCCACAACCUGGUGAUCCAGUACGCCUCGCAGGGCCGCUACGAGGUGGCGGUGCCGCUCUGCAAGCAGGCGCUGGAGGACCUGGAGAAAACCUCCGGGCACGACCACCCCGACGUGGCCACCAUGCUCAACAUCCUGGCCCUGGUGUACAGGGACCAGAACAAGUACAAGGAGGCGGCUCACCUCCUGAACGACGCUCUGGCCAUCAGAGAGAAGACGUUGGGCUGCGACCAUCCGGCCGUCGCCGCCACGCUCAACAACCUGGCGGUGCUCUACGGCAAGAGGGGCAAAUACAAGGAGGCGGAGCCUCUCUGCAAGAGGGCGCUGGAGAUCAGAGAGAAGGUGUUGGGGAAGUAUCACCCCGACGUGGCCAAGCAGCUCAACAACCUGGCCCUGCUGUGCCAGAACCAGGGCAAGUACGACGAGGUGGAGUACUACUACCGGCGGGCCCUGGAGAUCUACGAGUCCAAGCUGGGAGCCGACGACCCCAACGUGGCCAAGACCAAAAACAACCUGGCCACCUGCUACCUGAAGCAGGCCAAGUUCACCGACGCCGAGGCGCUGUACAAGGAGAUCCUGACCCGGGCCCACGAGAAGGAGUUUGGCUCCGUCCACAGUGAUGAUAACAAGCCGAUCUGGAUGCACGCAGAGGAGAGGGAGGAGAGCAAGGGUAAGCGGAGGGACUCUGGCCUGUUUGUGGAGUAUGGGAGCUGGUACAAGGCCUGCAAAGGGGACAGCCCCACGGUGAACACCACCCUGAAGAGCCUGGGCGCUCUGUACCGCCGUCAGGGCAAACUGGAGGCGGCGGAGACGCUGGAGGAAUGCGCCAGCAAGUCACGGAAACAGGGUAUCGAUGCCAUCAACCAGAGUAAGGUGGUGGAGCUGCUGAAGGACGGAGGAGGCGGAGGAGGAGACAGGCGACACAGCAGGGAGGGACACGGCGGUCCGGGGGGCCAGCGGAGGGAGAGCGAGGCCGACGACUCCGCCGAGUGGAACGGGGACGGCAACGGGUCUCUGCGGCGCAGCGGCUCCUUCGGGAAGAUCCGCGACGCCCUGAGGAGGAGCAGCGAGAUGCUGGUGAAGAAGCUGCAGGGCAGCGGCCCCCAGGAGCCCCGCAACCCGGGACUGAAGAGAGCGAGCUCCCUGAACUUCCUCAACAAGAGCACGGAGGAGACCACACAGGACGUGACCUCCGGCCUCUCGGACUGCAGGGGACUGAGCGCCAGCAACGUGGACCUUUCCAGACGCAGCUCUCUGAUUGGCUAGACGAGGACAGGAGGCGGGGCCGACGAGGAGACCGGAGCCUCGGUUCGAUCAAGCAAACACACUUAAAGCUCAAAGCCAGAUCAAACACUUGCGCCUGCAGCACAUUUUUUUAAAGAACACUGAGAAAAAGAGAAGAAGAAGAAGAAGAAAAGAAUUUAAAAAGCAUCGUCACGGUAACCGUCAUCCUGUAAGACGCGCUGUACAAACCGCUGCCAUCGGUCACACAAGAGAAUAUUUAGAUACACAUUAAUCAGCAUGCCGCUUACUAGAACGGGGAAUGUCUGCGCCUGAACGCCUCGUGGCCUCACCGGGACGAGUCCGUCUGUUCGAUCCCCACCGCGUGCCGACACGCCGCCGCUUUGCACCCCGUACGCUUCAACAGUAGCAUGAAGUGCUGAUGCUGAGCGGCCAUCA